GCUAGAAUGAAAAUGAGGCGGACACUUGGUCAAGACUUCAGAGCAAACGCGUCCUUUUAAGGACACCUCUAAACUUGGAUCAUAUCACCAUGGGAGCUAUUUGUAUUGCAAGAGACUUUUGUUUGUUUUUGCUCUUGUUAAAUACUCGCCAAAACGGAGCUCUUCUAGAGAACCCAGACAUUGAUGAAUGCGAUAUCGAGUACAAUGGUGGCUGUGUACACGAAUGUAACAACAUACCAGGCAAUUAUCGUUGCACUUGCCAUGAUGGAUUCAAUUUAGCGCACGAUGGACAUAAUUGUCUAGAUGUGGACGAGUGUGUCUUCAACAAUGGAGGGUGCCAGUAUACAUGUGUCAACACCAUGGGGAGUUAUGAGUGCCGCUGCAAAGAGGGCUUCUUCCUCAGUGACAACCAGCACACAUGUAUCCACCGCUCUGUGGAGGGCCUUAGCUGUAUGAAUAAGGAGCAUGGCUGUGCUCACAUCUGCAAGGAGACACCCAAGGGAGGAGUGGCCUGCGAGUGCCGCCCAGGAUUCGAGCUGGCCAAGAACCAAAGAGGCUGCAUCUUGACUUGUAACCAUGGUAACGGGGGCUGCCAGCACACUUGCGAGGACAUGGAGCAGGGGCCCAUCUGCAGGUGUCAUGUGAGGUACACCCUGCACCCUGACGGCAGGUCCUGUGUAGAUCGGGAUGAGACAACUACUGAGAGCUCUGAUCACAACGCCACGUCCUUCACUGAGGUGGACAAACGUGUCAAGCGCAGACUGUUCAUGGAGAACUGUGCGGUGAAUAACGGGGGGUGUGACUCCACGUGUAAGGACACAUCCACGGGCGUACGCUGCAGCUGCCCUGUGGGCUUCACUCUGCAGCCUGACGGGAAGACGUGCAAAGACAUUAAUGAGUGUGAGCUGCACAACAGCGGUUGCGACCACUUCUGCAGGAACACCAUCGGCAGCUUUGAGUGUAACUGCUGGAAGGGCUUCAAGCUGCUUACUGACGAGCGCUCCUGCCAGGAUAUAGACGAGUGUUAUUUCGAAAGGACAUGUGGUCACACGUGUGUGAACUCCCCUGGUGGUUUUGAGUGUGUUUGCAACAAAGGGUACAGCCUGUAUGGACUGGCCCACUGUGGAGACAUAAAUGAGUGCAGUGUGAACAACGGAGGUUGUGAGCAGGGUUGUGAGAACACCAUGGGUGGGUUUGAGUGCCACUGCCACCCUGGUUAUAAGCUACACUGGAACAAAAAGGAUUGUAUUGAGGCAGAGGGUUUCCCAGCAACAAAGCCCCCCUCUAAACCAACCUUGAACUGCAGCAGGCAGGAGGGAGGUGACCGCUGCUACCUGACUUGCCAGUCCCAGGUCCACAUCACCAGUGGGAUGGACGAUUCUUAUACAGUGACCUGUGGAAUGCCUCUGCCCUGCUUGGCUGGAGCACAAAGGAAUGGAAGUAGCUCGUAUUGCUUGGGACCAGAAAUGUCAAGUGUCCUGCGAAUUAAGACCACAGCCACUUUUAAGUCUGGCACAGGAAAGUGCAACUUGAAACGUAGUCAAGAGAGACUGAAGGAGAGCCUGAACGCAGCUCACUCAGGCAGCAGGUCCCCCUUCACGGAGAACGUCCAGUUCAGUUAUGUGCGCUUGCGCUGCAGCUCGUCUGGCCACCGAAUGCGGAGCCGUCACGGCAGGAAGGCGGGUUACGAGGAGGAGGGCUCUUCCAUCACAGCUGAGUUUGAGUUGGAUGUGAACCUAGAGGAGGUAACAGCAGAGAGCUGUGACCUGGGCUGUGUGCGCCGGCACUCAGAGAAGAGGCUGAGGAAGACUAUCCGUACUCUGAGGAAGUCCAUCCACCGGGAGCAGUUUCACCUCCACUUCGCUGGCUCUAACUACGAGCUGGCCAAGAGGCUGGCCCGGCCGGUGGACCUGCCGGAACACUGUGGGAAAGGACAAGUGCUGGUGGACAGGAAGUGUGUGAGCUGCACUGUUGGAACGUACUAUGACAGGGAUCAGGGAAGAUGUGUUCUGUGUCCAGCUGGAAUGUACCAAGAUGAAGAGGGGAAGAAUUCUUGUGAGGCCUGCCCAGGGCCAGAGGUGAGAGGAAGCCCCAGGUCGGUUGGGGCGUGGAAUAUCUCUGAGUGUGGAGGUCAAUGUCCCCCUGGUCAGUUCUCCCAUGAUGGCUUCAUCCCUUGCCUGCCCUGUCCCCUGGGUACCUACCAGCCAGAGGUGGGGCGCACUUCCUGUUUCCACUGUGGAGGACACCUGGUCACCAAACACAAUGGUGCCGUGUCCUUCCAGGAGUGUGAGACCAAAGUCCAGUGUUCACCGGGACAUUACUACAACACCAGCACACACCGCUGUAUCCGUUGUCCCAUGGGGACGUAUCAGAUGGAGUUUGGUCAGAAUUACUGCAUCUCCUGCCCAGGAAAUACCACCACCGACUUUGACGGCUCCACCAACAUCAUGCAGUGCAAAAACAGACACUGUGGGGGAGAGAUGGGAGAUUUCACUGGCUACAUUGAGUCUCCCAACUACCCAGGGAACUACCCAGCCAACAUUGAGUGCACCUGGACCAUCAACCCACCGCCCAAGCGCAGAAUCCUCAUCGUGGUCCCAGAGAUCUUCCUCCCCAUCGAGGAUGAGUGUGGAGACUACCUGGUCAUGAGAAAGAGCUCUCUCUCCAACUCUGUGACGACCUAUGAGACCUGCCAGACCUAUGAACGGCCUAUUGCCUUCACCUCCCGCUCCAAGAGGCUGUGGAUACAGUUUAAAUCGAAUGAAGGGAACAGUGGGAAGGGCUUCCAAGUCCCUUAUGUGACCUAUGAUGAGGACUACCAGGAACUCAUCGAAGAUAUAGUCAGAGAUGGAAGAUUAUAUGCCUCUGAAAAUCACCAAGAAAUUCUCAAGGACAAGAAGCUUAUGAAGGCACUGUUUGAUGUAUUGGCCCACCCACAGAACUUCUUCAACUACACAGCACAGGAGUCAAGAGAAAUGUUCCCCAAAUCCUUCAUCCGAUUUCUACGUUCUAAAGUCUUGAGAUUCCUUCGCCCUUAAGAAGGCACUAUCAUCAAGUUGCUUCAUGGAUAUCUCAGAAAACGCUUUUACCAGUUACUCCCUAGAAAAGAGUCCUUUACUUAUCCUGUCUGUACAGAGACUGACUGAGGCUAGAGUUGACAAAGAGAGAUGGACUCGGACACUUUCCUCAAAUGGACUUCAAUUGGAACUUCUGGGAAUAGGUGGGUAGUGGACUGUCAUGGUGGAGACAAGUGGCAGCUCCCGCUAUCACAUCUGGUCUACAUUCUAGAGCUAAGUUUUUGUGCUUCGAUACCACAUCUAUCUCUGAUACUUCCAUACACUCCUGUGUGUGAGCAUUGCAACGUUUAGACAGACUUUGUCUUUUCCUUUUGAUUUUAAACUUUCAUUCUCAGGAAUAAAGCUUGAAGUGGUAAGCGGAUGAGAAAAGACUCUUGAUUAUGUAUAAAAAGUUAACUGAGGUUUAUGCUAAAUGUCAACCACAUAGAUAGUGUAUACUUAUAACAUACAUUAUUAAAAUCAUGUUUCACAUUUAGAUCAGAAUUGUUGACAGAAAUAUGCCUGAAUAUGAGAAAAGAAUAUAGCACAAAUGUGACUUUAUGGUGGGAACUUUAAAGCACUACAAAGAAUGUAGUGAUACCACAAAAUAAAUGAUCCUUAUGAAUGUAUUGUAUAUUGUGUAAAAAGUAUUAGAUGAAAAUGUUAACGUAUUGUAGUUAACUGCAUUCCUGACACGUGUGCAGUAUCAACACAUCCCCUCACAACCUGUAUUUUUGCUGCCUCAAAUUAAUGUUAGCGUUUUCCACUGUCCUGAAAACAUGGUUUUACUUAAUAAAUGACCAGACAGUGAAUAUUCCAUGCCACUGGGCUUUGAGUGAACAACAAAUGCCCAUGGACCAAGACUAGCUCUUCACUAUGAUCAUUCAAACAGAUACCAAAGACUACUUUUCACUACUCAUAGAAGUGAGAUUAUUGAGUGGUGUGACUAGAAAUGUAGAGCAAUAUGAGGGGGAUCAAGUGAGAUUAUACAUUCCAGAUAUGGAAUGAGAGGUUUGUAAAAUAGAAUUGCUCUAUUCACUUAUGACUUAGCAAAUAAAUGUAUGUCUAUAUUUUUAUGUUUGUACAUAUAACAUGUUGUAA